CGGCCGCCGCCGCCUCCGAGCCUCGCUGGGAGGGACCCGUGUCCCCGCCUGCCGCACUGCCAGUCCGACCCUCAGGCCGCCACGGAGCAGCGGGCACAGCGCUGCGCGGACCUUAGCAGGUGCCGUGACGAAGCGCCGUGCUGCGCUUCGAGUCCCGAGCCCGCGCUCCGCGGCCCCGCUGCCCGCGCUCCCGAGGACGGGCCCCAGACGAGGCCGCCGCCGGCCGGGCGCUCAGCAUGAACCGUGGCCACAGGCACGGGGUGAGCAGCGGCUGCCUGGGCACCAUGGAGGUGAAGAGCAAGUUCGGAGCUGAGUUUCGGCGGUUUUCUCUGGAAAGAUCCAAGCCCGGAAAGUUUGAGGAGUUUUAUGGACUGCUGCAACACGUUCACAAGAUCCCCAACGUUGACGUGCUAGUGGGCUACGCAGACAUCCACGGGGACUUGCUGCCCAUAAACAAUGAUGACAACUACCACAAGGCCGUUUCCACUGCCAACCCACUGCUCAGGGUCUUUAUACAGAAGAAGGAAGAAGCCGACUACAGCGCCUUUGGCACGGACACCCUGAUCAGGAAGAAGAACGUGCUGAGCAACGUGCUGCGCCCCGACAACCACAGGAAGAAGCCGCACAUCGUCAUCAGCAUGCCGCAGGACUUCCGGCCCGUGUCAUCCAUCAUCGAUGUGGACAUCCUCCCGGAGACGCACCGCAGGGUCCGUCUGUACAAGUACGGCACAGAGAAGCCCCUGGGCUUCUACAUCCGGGACGGCUCCAGCGUCCGUGUGACGCCGCAUGGUUUAGAGAAAGUUCCCGGGAUCUUCAUCUCCAGGCUCGUCCCCGGGGGCCUGGCCCAGAGCACGGGCCUGCUGGCUGUCAAUGACGAAGUUCUAGAAGUAAAUGGUAUAGAAGUGUCAGGCAAGAGCCUGGACCAGGUGACUGACAUGAUGAUAGCCAACAGCCGUAACCUCAUCAUCACGGUGCGGCCGGCCAACCAGAGGAACAACGUGGUGCGUAACAGUCGGACUUCCGGCAGCUCCGGCCAGUCCACCGACAACAGCCUCCUGGGCUACCCACAGCAGGCAGGGGCCAGCUUGGAGCCAGAGGACCAGGACAGCGAUGAGGACGACAUUAUCAUUGAAGGCAGUGGUGAGCCGCAGCAGAUCCCGAAGGCCACCCCCGAGGCCCUGAGCCUGGAGUCCCUGACGCAGAUCGAGCUCAGCUUCGAGUCGGGGCAGAAUGGGUUCUCCCCUCUCCAGGACACGAGCCUGGUGGCUGUCCCCAGCAGCCUGGACACCGAGUCGGAAAGCCGAGCUCCGGAUCAGAAACUCUUAGAGGAAGACGGAACAAUCAUAACGUUGUGAGUCGCCAAGCUGUCUGUCCUCUGAGUGAGGAUGUGAGGGACGGUGUGUGAGUGUAGCACAAGACUGAUGCUGUGGACCUCCGGGCCGUGAUACUCCACGACAGCCUUAGUGCGGCUGGGAUGGGGUGGGGCGUCUACCAUGCCGGUGAGUGUGAGCAGGCCACAGAGCGGGUGCUGCUUCUCUGACUGAGACCUGCCUGGAGCCGGGCUGCGGUGGCCAGUGUCUGCCUGCCUGCAGGGCCCGCUCUUUGCCCUCUGUGAAGUCUGAUUGUCUGUUAGCCACUGGGAACCUCAGUUCUUAGAUUCCCAGCGUUGAUGUUUUCUGACUUUAAAAUGCUCCUCUGUUAACUGUGACAAUUUAUUUUUUCCAUGUGCAGUUUUUGUUCUGUCUUCCUGUUUUCUAAGCCGUUAGCCGGCCAUGUUUAGGGGCCCCCUCCCUGGCCCUGGAGUCACCUGUUGUCCUCACCCUGGGGCUUUACAGUUGCAGGGUGUCAUAGUCCUUUGCCCCCUGUCCAGGGUGUGAGUGAGUGUGAGUGUGUACAUGUGUGUGAGUGAGUGAGUGUGAGAUGCAGUGCAGUUAGCUGGCUCCCACACUCUUCCAGUGUACCAGGCAGUGUGGAUCGUUUUGGAUAAAAAGGCCCCCGGGUUAAGAGACUUACACAUGGUACAGAUGUGCACUUUGUUUUCUUCCUGGGGAUUCUAGGGUGCUGCCUGCAUUUGGGGAAGCCCGCAUCAGUUCACCACUCACAGGGGUGGUGAUUAUUUGAGUCUAUUUAUUCUUUCCCGUGCGUCCAUUCAGGAUGAGGGAACCGCAGUUGUCUUCCCUUACCUGCCCCCUUGUGUUGCCUGCACAGCCACUGAGAUCCAUACGCGUGGGCUCAGACUGCCCCGAGGCCCUGAGGCGGACAGUUAUUUAUUUCCUAACCUGACAGUGGGCGAGCGUGGGCACCUCCCAGCUCUGAACUAUGACUCCAAGAUGAAGGACUUUAUCCUCCGUAGUAGGAGCCGGCAGAAAUGAAGUCUUGAUCCAGUGAAGGGCGCCGGACGCCAUCGAUACUCAACGUGGUAUCUGCAAGCGCAUGGCUGAGGCUGGGUGCAGUGACCCAGCCAGCGAAUGUUGAAUUCACUGAGUCCCUCCUCUCAUGGCACGGCCACUUACUGACAGCAUCCCCCUCUGACACUGUGCACCAUGCAGUGCAGCCCUAGGGUGGAAAGCAGCCAUAGGCACAGAAGGCUCAGUUGCACACACAUUCGCGGUGCAUGGGCUCAACGUUGUAAGUAGAGAUAUUUCACAUGCUACCUCUCUCUCUCUCUCUCUCUCUCUUUUCUCUCUCUUUUUUUUUUUUUAACAGAGUUUUAACAUUAGAACUUUUCUCUUGGGGAAGAAACACUUCAGGGCUUGACUUUUGUACAAAUUUUAACUGUAAAAUGCAGAAUUUCUCUUCUGUCUGAAAAUGGAGAUCGCUGCUGGUGUGGAUUUUAAUUUAAAAGAUAAUAGUGUUAACAACGAGGUCCUAGCAAUGAAGGGAGUGGUCAGUAGACCUCCGUGAGCCAGUGGAUCUUGGCUAUGGGGGUCCCAUCCCGUUGGCUCAGUUCUUGAGGCUCCUUAGAACACAGACGUAAGUGUCAGCGGCUUAGCGUGCAUAUCUGUUGUCCCGGAUGUCGAGCCUCACUGUGAAUUCUGUUCUGUCCUCAGUCAUCAACUCUGUCAACCAGAUGCUGUGCUGUUGUGAACCGUGAAUUUUCUAAUUAAAUUUUACAUGCUAUAACAUGAUUUUUUUACAUGAAUGAUACUUUGUUUAAACUACUAAAUGUCAGUAUUUUACUACAAUUUUAUUAUAAAAAUGUACAUUAUCACUAAAUGAACUUUGAUUUUGAAAAUCAAGUUAGCUUUAGUUCCACAUUAUUUUUUACAAAUAAAAACGGACUUGUAUAAAGGC